AAGCUGACUCGUCGAGUUGCCUACAGCACCAGUUUUAUAACAAGAGAUUCCAAUCGAUUGGCGUCAGGCUUGCUCGAGUCUCAAAACGGUCCCUGCAGUGCUACUCAUUCAUCAACCCAGCCUCAAAGACAGCUAACCAGAAGCGUGUUGGCUAAUCAAGAAAUUCGCGAAUCGACUGCUGGCCAAGCAACUGAUCCCACCUCAAUUCUCCAUCCAGUUCAGCUACACGACAAUUUGCAUAUGGCCUAUCAAGCUCGAGCAUAUCCUAUCCCUCAACAGUCUUUUCAGUGCCAACAACAACACCAACAACACCAAUUUGAACAACAGACGCAAUCGUACACAACAGCCGGAAAUAUACGAUUGGUCUAUCCAGUCAGUACGCCCAACACCAUCGCCCUUUUCCAGCCGAUUGAAACCAAUUUGUCCGGCGGACACCUUGUUUCCACAGCCAAAAAUGAUCUCUUUUACAAUCAACAACAAAUGAAUGCCAGCUUUUCGGGAGAACCUGUGACGACAAAUCUGCCUGGACCAUUGGGAUUGCCUCCACUCCAUCUAAUGCCUACAGUUGGGGUUGUUCCUUCCUAUCCUUCCACCUUCUAUUCCUUCCCAAUCUACCCCUCUUCACUGCUCCAAGUACAGCCUAAUCAGCAGGCACUCCUCCCCAGACCGCCUGUUUUCCUGUAUCAACAAGCCAGACAACGGCCACAACUACCUCAAGCCCCCACAGCACCGCUACUACCACCACCGCCACCGCCACCACAACCGCCAGCCCAGCAACCAAUAAUUCUACAGGCACCUGUAAAAAUGCCAGGCCCAGCGCCAGCUCCACUGCUACAUGUACCGCAGCCAUUCCAGGCACAGUCAAGAGGUGACCCUAGGUCUGUUGUCCUAUCCACGCAACCAUUCAGACCUCAAAUUCGGCUGCUACAGCCCAGAUAUUUGAACGACUUGGGUGCGCAAUAUGGCAGUUCUGAUGGAAACUGCGGUGGUGUUGGCAACACUUUGACGAGCCCAGGACAGUUUGUAUAUGCACAAAACAGGGUACACUUUCAAAUGGGUCGCAAGACUCGUCUACGCAAGACGCACUCGUCGUCAACCCAUGCUCUGCCAGCCCAAAGAGCCAAUCUUCUGCCAUCCUCCUUAUUGAAGCAGUGCCAAAGUCAUACAGAACAGUUCAGUCAAUAUCCCCUCCAAUCGGCAGGUUCGAUGAUGAUCACACCAACCCUGCAGCCGAUUCCAGGACGCCUAGAGCCAGGUUCAAGUUCUCCUGAAACCCUGUCGACUCAAUCCGCCAGCACAGACCAAUGGUUCCACCAGUUCCAGUGCCCAAAGUUUGCCCCCGGUCUUUCGGGUGGCCAGAAUUGCCAACUGCUCUCUCUUAGCCCUUUGGAACAGAUGAACAACACAUUUGGCUGUUUCCUUCAAAUGCCCAAUUCCGAAGGAUCAGAAUACCUGUACAACCUUGUCCCAAGCCAGCAGAACAGACUGUCUGAGUCUGAUGGAUACGCUUUGUCUGGUCACAUUGAGCCAACAACUACCAUCCCGCCAAUACCAAAUGACCCCUCACGAGAGGCUUCUUUGUUCUGUUGCCAAAAUAUCGCAAAUCACCACGCCAUGAUCAGGUCUGCUGGGGCGCCCUGCAACUACAACUUGAUCGGUCCCACUUCCGCUGUACUACCUUCGGCACAUUCUAUCACCUCCGGAGCUGCUUCGUUAGAAACCAACCUGUCGAGUGAGGUUAGCAGAGCCGCAGACUCAUUCCAAUCGGCGUCAGACAAAUAUUUUAACUCAUUUUCCUUGCCUGCCCACGAGAUCCAGUUGCCAGAGGCGUUGCCAGUCUUCUGUCCAGCAUCGGCUAGUUAUGAGUCCGGCUGUAUGGACAAAACAGCGCUUAUCCUUCCUUUCCCUCCGGAUGUUGGUAUCAGGCCCGAUUGUGCAGCACCGGGAAAGGCUUUUACGACGUCCAAUUAUUGGUCAGCCUUAAGCUCCUCCACCGUCGUCCCUUGUCCCCUCACGUAUCCAUGGCCUUCGAGUGUCAAUUCGUUGACCUACAAUGACUGCAAGAAUCUUUUUCCAUUGGAUGAAGUCAAACCAGCCUGUGAGACAAAUCUGUUGGCAAAUCAUAAAUCUGAAGAAGAAUUCAAGGCGUUCCAAGAAACUUUGAGACAGUCCACCUGUCAAGGAGCAGCCAAAGGGUUUGAUCAAUUAAUGGCCGAUCAUUUUGCCGUGACGACUGUUGCCUCGGCAGUCUGUGACGAGAAUCUCGAACUUUUUUCAGACCAAUUCGCUGAACCACAGUCCAAUAGAGAGCUGGACACCUCGAAUGGAGUAUCAUCUCCGUUUUCUGGCUGCCCAAUCGGUGCCAGACCAGCCGAGCUUGGCUUGAGCCCGGCAGCAAGGUCCGUCUCCCUAUCCUGCUCUUCGGGAGCCGAUAGUCUAAGUUCACAUAUCAACUCUCUUGAAGACAUUAUGGCCCAAUUGGCCGUCAAUACUAAAGCCUUUUCCCCACUCGAAACAGUUCGUUGA